AUGACACCUGAAAUCACUCUUUAUAGCUGGGCUACUCCCAACGGGGUUAAAGCUUCGAUUGCCCUCGAAGAGCUUGGCCUGGUGUAUAGGAACCGCCCUGUUGAUAUACAUACUAAUGAGCAAAAGAAAGAAUGGUUUCUGAAAAUUAAUCCGAAUGGGCGCAUCCCUGCCCUAGAAGACAAGGAUGAGCGAGUUUUCGAAAGUGGAGCAAUCCUGCUCUACCUCACCGACAAGUACGACCUUGAAGGUAAAAUCAGCUAUCGUACCGGAACACCGGAGUACUAUGAGCAGCUUGGAUGGAUUAUGUUUCAAGUCGGUGGUAUUGGACCAAUCCUCGGCCAGGCAAAUCAUUUUCGGGGCAUGCCAUUAGUGAAGUCGGACUCUGCAUGCAUUGCCGGUCAAGAUUACAGUGUGGAAAGGUUUACAAACGAAUCAAAGAGACUUCUAACGGUGCUCGAAUCUCAAUUGGCUGGAAGCCCCUUCCUUGUUGGUACAAAGUACACUAUUGCGGAUAUCAUAAAUUUUACGUGGGUGAGGCGUGUGCCAACCAUUCUGGGUGCUGAUCUUGCUCAAUGGCCUGCGGUAAAGAGAUGGGUGGAUACUAUUGAACAGCGAGAGGCAGUGAAAAAAGGACUGUCCAUAGUUACAACUCCGUUUUAA